UAUAUAUAGUGACUGGUGCGGGUCCGGUAUGAUCGUACUCAGCCAGCGACCGUCGAUCGGGCAACAACAGCGAGCAACAGUGUUCCGUGCGUUGAGCAUUCCUACGACAAAAACAAGGUCUAUCAGUGAGAAGUGAUCAAGAAAAGAUAGAGCAUCAGGUGUGAAGAUCGUUGUCAAACAUGGCGAAAACGAGUACGACCAUUUUGUUCCAGUGUUGUCUGGUGUUGCUGCUACCAUCUUACUACAGUGUGUUUGCCAAAAAGGAGGACAACAAACCAGAAGAGAGCCUGUUCGAGCAGGAUCUAGGUGAUCAGUUCAAAAUCGACGCCUCCACGCAAGGUCUGCAAAAGGUAAAUCUUCGGUGCGGUGCCGACUCGAUGCGCAUCGAGCUGAAGACGGAGGAAGACUUCCAGGGCGUAAUGUACACGCGCGGCAGCUACUACAAGCAAACGAAACCGUGCUUCGUCAAACCGGAGCGGGCGGGCCGCACGCUGGAGAUGAAGUUUAACCUCGACCAGUGCCAGACGGUGAACAAUGGUGAGGUGUACUCGAACAUUGUCGUCGUGCAGCACGAUCCGGACAUCGUUACGCCCGGUGAUGCCGCGUUCGCGGUCGAAUGUGACUUCCGGAAGCCGCGCGGUGUAACGGUUAGCUCGGAGAUCCAGGCCCGGGAUAGUGAGGAGGACACGACACCAUCGUCACGCAUUACACUCACCAGUCCGGAUCCGUCGGCAAAUACACAAACACCGAACGAACACAACUCGGUGCACAGUGCGUCCGGCACGGUAACGUUUGUGCCGAGCCGGUUCCGGAAUGCGUCCCACCAGCUACCGGAACAGCGUGUUCGCGGGACAGUCGAGUCGGUCGAAAUUCCACUGCACAAAACACACCAGCAACAAGCACCACAAACCCAAGCGGAAGAUCACGAUGAGUUGUGAUGUGUGUUUAGGGGGGGAUAAGCACACAUACAAUGGUGGAGAAUAAUUUAUUAAACUAAAGCUACUUUCUCUCUCUCUAAAACCUAGACUAACCCUAAGCAUCCCUCAAGAGUUGUAGAGAUUCCAUUCUAACCCUGUGUCCUCAUGUCUCCCCAUUUACCCGCAGCCUUGAAACGGCGAAAGCUAACGCAACCGCUUCCUAUCCGCCCAGCGAAUAAACCGCCCCAGUCGGAUCUCCAUCCCAUAUACUAACAACAGCAGCUGUAAGAACGGUUCCCCGUACCACCCGCCGUAAAAAGUUCCUUCCUCGGACAACCGAUCCUAACCAUCCUUAAUAGCCUUUAGAAAGACCCGAUAUAGAGACUGGGCCGAGACUUGUUGACACACCGGUCGCUACCAAACUUCCAAACGUCGUCACUGUUCUAAGUGACCGAGAGAUGGGGUAGGCAAGGUGUUUGCAAUGGACAAUAAAAUGUGUUUAAAAGAAUAUUAAUUUGAUUAGGGCUUUUGUAUCAAUACUUUGUGAAAGAAAGAGGAUUCUUUUUUUGGAAAUAAAGGUUUCAAAUUAAUUUGUACCACUUACCUCGUGUACCCCGCCCUUUGCAUCUGCCGUGCUCCUUUCAUCGUCCUGCUUAUCAUCAUGUUUGAAUUUCAUACCCAGGUUCAACACUUGCAUGUAUUUACAUGAGGCUAUCAUCGUUUGUUUUUUUUGUGUGAUUUUUAGUUUAAUUUUUGUUUUAUCGCGAUUUAACGUUCCAUUUAGGUUUUUUUGUUUGUUUAAUCAUCUUAGCGAAACAACGUAACUUUCUUGGUUUUGUUUGUAAGCUAUACACACACACACACACGUACGUACACCCCCGUCGUCAUCCCCAUGGGCCAUGGGAAAAUUCGCACCGGCGGCAGGUGCUGCUCACAGGCAAAACUUCUACUGCUUCCGAGUUCUUAUUCUUCUUUUUUUAUACAUAAAGCACACAACUUAACCGAUCGACACGGUUUGCGCUGCUCUCCAAGCUGGAAAACAAGCGGCUUCGUAAGGUACACUAGAGCGGCCCAUCUCUCAUCUCAUCUCAAAUCGGUGGAAAGUUAAGCGCGCGUUAAGUGAAGAAAUUCCACCAAAUAUCAGUAUCACCAAAUUUACGUUAUGCCGUGCUCUCCCCUGCUCCGUUGUGUGUGUGUGUGUUGCUACUAAAUGGGGAAACAUCAUUGCUGUCGCCUUGUCCUUGCCCCUUUCGAUUGUUCCGAUUCGUUUGAACGCGCGCCGAGCAGCACACGUGUGUUGCUUCUUCGUCUCUGUAAAUAGAGCCGAAACUAGAUCAAUAUAGUAAUUUAAACGAACAAAAAACGAACGAACAAAACAAAACCUAGAUAAUUGCGCAAACACGCAUCUACCAUAAAUUGCCUGGUGUGUUCCAAGGGGAACUUCCCACCCAAUUAUUAUUUGCAUUCGGAAGCUAGCGCCCAAUUUGCUCAAAACGGAUCCAUCCAACCAUUAUUGCCGAUCAGGGCGUCACAUCUGAUGAUCAUCUCAUUGCUGUGUAGUAGAGUGCGCGCGCAUUAUAGAAACUAAUCUUGUGUGUAUAUAGGGCUAGCUUCUCUAUAGUAUUUUUUCCGGCCGCAUUCUUUCCACAAUUCUUUUCUCCUUUCUCUAGAUAAACCUAUCUA